AUGGGUGGAGGCGACUUGAACAUGAAAAAAUCCUGGCAUCCGCUCUUGAUUAAAAAUCAAGAACGGGUGUGGAAGGAAGAGCAGAAGGCGCAGGAAGAACAAAAAAAGCUAACUCAAUUAAUGAAAGAAAAGGAAGAAGAAAGACAGUUACAAGAAUUAAGAAAAUUACAGGAGAAUGCUGGCGGAAAAAAAGGGCCAGAAAGAUUAGAUUGGAUGUACGCGGCAGGUCCUAAUCAAUCUAGUUCAGCCAAAGCCCAAGAAUUGGAGGAUUUCUUGUUGGGAAAGAAAUCUGUGGAUAAACUUAUUGAUAAUGGCACAGCUUUGAGUAAGCUCUCCUCCGAUUCAAAGGAUAUCUUUAUAAGUACAAUGAAUCCAAAUGCAAACACAUAUAGAGAUACUCAGGCUAAAAUUCGUGAGGACCCCCUAUUACUUAUAAAGAAAACUGAACAAGCUAAUAUUAAAGCUAUUGUUACUAAUCCUCUUAAAAUGAAAGAACUUAAAGAGGUAUAUGUUUGA